UCUGGCCUGAGGCUUCUGAGAGCAGAGGCGAAGACUGGGAGCUGUGGCUUGGGAACUGAGGGGGCUGGGAUUUUGAGGGCUGAGGGAGGAUUGAGCAGGCUAGGCUGAGCCAGGGCAAAGUGCCCUGCCAUGGGCGUGGGGCUGGCUCAGAUCUGUACCCUACUCUUGGCUGUCUCCCAUGCCGGCAGUGAUGCUGCACACUGGGGACCCCCGGACACCCCUGACCGAGGUCGUGGUAGCUUCUGGGGGCUGCAGGGGGGCCUGGACCCUGGCAGUGGCUGGAGAUCUCAGGAGGUUCAGACCAGCGGGCAGUGGCUGGGGCCCCCUGGAAAAGCCGGGCAGUGACAGGGACCUCAGCAGCGACGGUGGCUGGGGGCUCCCGGGAGGCCCUGACCAUGGCAGCGGCUGGGGACCCUCAGGCAGCCCUGAAGACACCAAGGGCUCGGGGGCUGCACACCCACUCUUCUUCUCUCUGGAUUACCAGCAUGUGCAGGUGCCCUUUGAGAUUACUUUGUGGAUCAUGCUGGCCUCACUGGCCAAGAUCGGGUUUCACCUUUACAGCAAACUGCCCUCCGUUGUUCCAGAAAGCUGCUUGCUGAUUUUUGUGGGGCUUGUCAUGGGUGGAAUCAUUUAUGGCUUAAAUGACAAAUCCCCACCCGUCAUGGACAGCGACAUAUUCUUUCUGUACUUACUUCCCCCAAUUGUCCUUGAUGCGGGCUACUUUAUGCCCAGUCGGCCCUUUUUUGAGAACAUUGGCACUAUCCUUCUGUAUGCAGUUGUGGGCACUCUGUGGAACGUGCUUGGGAUUGGCCUUUCCCUCUAUGGCAUUUGCCAAGUGGAGUACUUCAGCUUGAGCGAUGUCUCCUUGCUCCAUAACCUCUGGUUUGGGACCCUAAUUGCCGCCGUGGAUCCCGUGGCUGUGCUCUCAGUGUUCGCAGAGAUGCACGUGAAUGAGAAGCUACACAUUUUGGUUUUUGGAGAGUCUCUACUCAACGAUGCUGUGAUCGUUGUGCUCUAUAAAUUAUUUCAGUCUUUCAGUGAAAUGCCAUCUAUCACGACACUGGAUAUUUUGGCUGGGAUGGGAAAGUUCUUUGUGGUUGGAAUUGGAGGAGUCUUCAUCGGUCUCCUGUUUGGAAUGGUGGCUGCCUUUACCACUCGCUUUACCAAGGCCACCCGUGUCAUCGAGCCCCUCUUUGUCUUCUUGUACAGCUACCUCUCCUACCUCAGUGCAGAAAUGUUUCACCUCUCUGGGAUUGUGGCCAUCAUCGCCUGCGCCAUGAGCAUGAAGCGCUAUGUAGAGGCCAACAUUUCCCAGAAGUCUCAUACCACCAUCAAGUACUUUAUGAAGAUGUGGAGCAGUGUGAGCGAUACUCUUAUCUUCAUCUUCCUGGGGGUUUCGACCAUCGGUGAGAACCAUGAGUGGAAUUGGCCGUAUAUUUGUUUCACCAUCAUUUUCUGCCUCGUGUGGCGAGCAUUAGGUGUCCUCGUGUUGACCUUCUUUGUGAAUAAAUGUCAUGUGAACACAGUCACCAGAAAGGACCAGUUCAUUAUCGCCUACGGGGGACUGAGGGGGGCCAUCUGUUUCUCUCUCGUUUUUCUCCUCCCGAACUUCCCCCGGAAGAAGCUCUUCAUUGCGGCAACCACGGUGGUGAUCCUCUUCACGGUUUUUGUACAGGGAAUGACCAUCCGGCCUCUUGUUGACUUAUUAGAUGUGACCAGAGGAAGAGAAACUUCUCCAACUGUGAGUGAACAGAUUCAUAUCCGAUUCUUGGACCACUUGCUGGCUGGCAUUGAAGACAUAUCUGGACACUGGGGACAGUAUUACUGGAAAGACAAAUUGGAAUAUUUCAAUAGCCAAUAUCUGCAGAAGAUUUUGCUGCGGGAUUAUGACAAGCCCAAGUCUAGCAUUGUGCUCCUGUAUGAAAAGCUGGAGAGGAAACAUGCCAUUGAGCUGGUAGAAGCUGGUCAGCUGGUCCAUGCUCCAGCCAGUACACCUGAGUGCCACAGUUGUGAACCAGCCACAGCAGCCACAGUUCCAACCCCUCUGGAUCAAGACCUCGUGGAUAAUAUACAGCAGAUAUUGGCUACCAACUUAUAUAAAAUCAGGAGAGGGGCUCCUGCAUAUAACAGGCAUACUCUUCCAGGAGAAACAGGGGCAGCCGAAGAGGCCAAAGAAAUUCUCAUCCGAAGACACAGGAGCCUACGCCACAGCCUUUCCAGAAGUGACUGGGAGAGAGCUGUCACGGAGAAAGCUGCAGAGUUCUUAGCUCAUCGUGGCUACCAAAUGAAGUCAAAGCGGUGCCAAUCUCUAACUGUAGGGGAUCCUGGAGCAGUUCCUGAUGUGAAAAGCAGCCGAUCCAAGUCGACAUGCCACAUCACUCCUCUGAAGUUCAGUGGCAUGGAAUGGGUUGAUGAAGAAGAAACAGAUCAAGACCAAGGAUUAUAAGGCUCAAACUUGGGGAUCACUGGUGCCACGGAAUUGUUGCUUACUUAUUUGCCCAAUUAUGCAGCACAUAGUUUUUGUUUUUGUUUUUAUUUUUUUGUGGGAAGAAGGUCAGGACUUGUAAUUUCACCAGGUGUGUGGAAGCUCCCUUCACUGAUGCAGAUUGGCAACUUGUCUAUAACUUACAAUGUUAUAGAGUUGCUAAAUCUCACUAAAAAAAUAAAACAAGAAGUUGAAGCUCCCAAGUAGACAUUCACACAGAUGUGAAGCUCCCAAGAAGACACUCACACAGAUGUGGUCCACUACAUCUGUAGGAAAAUGAUGCUAUGGGCUUCCCCUGCAGCUGCCAACCAUGAUAAGCAGCCUAUUUCUGCUACCCAGCAUCACUCAGGCCUUUAUUGGAAUUCAGUGUUCCAUUUGGAACUUCAAAUCUCAAAAUUAUAUAAUCAGACAGGGAGAGCUUAGAAAAGAGUUAAGGAAAAUGGCAAAAAGUUUGACAAAAGCUCAAGAAGAAAGGUCAGUGAGACUCUUUGAAGGCAAGAGAAUGGAGGUGUCUCAUGACGAACUUACAAUAAAGAAGAAAUUCUCAGUAGUCUAUGAGAACUAGGGAAAUACACACCAUUUAAAAUGUAGGAAAAGGCACAGUGUUGUAGAAAUAGUACUGGUGUUGGAGUCAGGAGACACCUUGCCUUUAAUAUUUCCUGGCAUUGAGACCGUGUUUAGUUACCAACCCCUCUUUGUUAAUGAGGAUAAUAUCAGCAGUCCCUCCCCUCCAUGGCCAUUGUAAUGUCCGAAUCACAAAACCAAUGAAAAUGAUGGCACACCACUGCUGAAGGAGGUCUAUGAUCUUCAUUGGGCUGGAUAUCUUUGAGGUCAUGUUAGAAAUGCACUGCUCCAGGUUGCCUUGGGUCUGAUUAGUAAGCCUGCAAGACUGUGGCCAGGAUGUGCAUGCAGUAGAAUGAGGGCCGAGAACAGAGUUGGAGGAUCUGAGUUUAAGUUACUUCUCUGAAGCGUGCCAACUGUGUGGCCUUGGGCAAGGUCCCUUACCUCUUUUGACUCUGUGAAAUGAGAGGACUGGAUGAGAUGACAUUCAAAGUCUCUUCCAUCUAUACUCCCUCUCCCUUCCUACACGGGACACUUUGUCUUUCUCUACCUUCAGCCUCACUGUGUGUACAGCUAUACACGUCUCCCAAUUUGAGAAAACUUCAGCCGAAGCACGUCUGAUCUGAACAGCCUCGUUGUACAAUGUUGUCAUCGUCCAAACCUGGCUUCCAUUUGACCCACUGCGUAAUUUAUUCCUCCUUUUAAUCAUCACCUUGUAGCUUCUGAAGCAAGGAGCUAAAUCUACCCUAACUCUAGGGGACGUAGUGUGAUAGAGGAGAGCCCUGGCCUGGGAGCACCAAAAUCUGAAUUAUGUGGCUUUGCUUCUCUGAGCCUCAGUUUCUCUAUCUGUAAAACAAGAGGCUAGACUAAGGUCCCUUCUAAUUCUGAUGCUGAGUCAACUGAAUUAUGGGACUGACUUCUCAAUUUGAGUCUUGGCAGGGUCGUCAGGCCUGGAAAGGGCUGGCAGCAAAAGGAUGUUUUUUUCUUUUCAAAAUUAUGAAUUUCCAGAGUAGGGAAGGAAGAAAAGAGGUUUGUGCUGCUCAGAGUAAGAGAUCCAUAGAUCGAGAGGCCAACUCCCUCAUUUUACAAAUGAGGAAACUGAGGCCCUGGGUGACUGUUCCAAGGUCACAUAGGUUAGGAAAUGGUAAAAUUGGUGUUUAAACUAGAUCUUGUUGCUCCAACUUCAUUGUGCUUUCCACUGUCCCCUGAACUGGCCAGAACUGUAAGAGUCUGAGUACCGUCUCUUCUAGCCUGUAUUCUUUGCCUUGUUUUCCCCUGGCUUCUUCUUCUAUCCGGCCAGGGAGGGAUGUUACAAUUUCCUACUUCUUUGUAUGCUUUUAUUUUUUACAAUAAGCUGCAUUUUACAAUAAGCUAGAUUUGGAGUAAAGAAGACCCGAGUUCAAAUCCUACCUCAAACACUAGCUGUGUGACCCUGGGCAAGUCAUUUAUUUGACUUCUCUAUGCCACAGGCAACUUUUCAGGCCAUUAUAUUCUGCAUUGUUUGAGGGGAGUUCCCUAAACUGAUAAAAUCUCGGAUUCUUG